AUGGGAAAGAAGAAGGCUAUACAAAAGUCCAAUAAGGGUGAUUUGAUUCCAACACCUGGGCCAUUGGAACAGCAAAUCGAAGGAGCCAAAAUAGCUAAGUCGCGCUCGGAACUUCGGGAAAAAAGAAAACGGAAACCAGAUUUGGAAACGGAGGAGUACAUUCCGAACAACCUAUCCGGGAAAAUAAUAGCCCAGGCAAGAAAGCAACUUCACGAGAUUGGAGAUGAUGAAACUCCAGAAGAAAAUGACAAUAAGAAGAGGAUGCGACAGAUAAGCUUGGGUGCCAAAAGCGAUGAAGAUUCUGACUUGGAAGAACUUUCGGAUGGCGACUAUGAUGACCAUGUGAUAGAAUUGGAUCCAAAGGAUGAAGCCGAGCUAGCCAAGUUCAUGAUUAGUAAGGAAGGUGGGACAAGAACACUUUACGACAUCAUUCAAGCAAAAAUUGACGCAAAAAUGGACGAUGCGGAACUUGCGUUGAGCACAGUGGAUCCUAAUGAAUUCAAUGUGCGUGAUCUUGAUCCUGAGGUUGUAGAGAUGUAUAAGGAAAUUGGAAAAGUACUUUCGAAAUACAGAAGCGGAAAAAUACCAAAAGCUUUCAAAGUGAUACCAAAAAUGGUGAAUUGGGAGCAAAUACUAUAUUUAACUGAUCCCGAUGGAUGGAGUGCGGCAGCAGUCUAUCAGGCUACUCGGCUCUUCGCCUCAAAUUUGAAUCCCAGGAUGUGCCAAAGAUUCUACAAUCUCGUUCUCCUUCCACGCCUUCGGGAUGACAUCGACGAAUUUAAAAAACUCAAUUUUCACCUCUACCAAGCUCUUUGUAAGGCUAUGUAUAAGCCGGCUGCGUUUUUCAAGGGAAUAAUACUACCACUUUGUGAGUCUGGCACAUGUACUCUCCGUGAAGCAACCAUAUUCAGUUCAGUACUGGCAAAGGUUUCUAUACCGAUGUUCCAUGCUGCUGCUGCCAUGUUAAAGAUUUCGGAAAUGGAGUAUAAUGGAGCCAAUUCAGUUUUUCUCAGAGCUCUCAUUGACAAAAAAUUCGCGUUGCCAUACAAAGCAAUUGAUGCGAUUGUGUCGCAUUUUCUCAGGAGUGGGUUCAAAAAUCUGGCAUCUCUCGCAGAAAUGCUUGCAAGAUGCCAGUCAUCGAAUCGCUGUGUGUUUUCUCUGUGGCCAACAGUCUCUUCUGUAACCGUUCCUCACAUCAGUCAACGAAGAUGGGCCUUAUCUAAUUCUAAAGAUUCCGUGCGCACUGAUGGUCCUCGCUCUUUGAUACGAUCGUUGAGAAUCACGAGUGCUUCGGAUAUUGUCCUUGCUUCUCCAGCCGCCCUGCGGCCAUACCUUCAAAUAAUGCGGAUAGACAAGCCUAUCGGAACCUGGCUGUUAUAUUGGCCGUGCACUUGGUCCAUCGCUCUAGCUACUCCUGCCGGUCAACUUCCUUCGUUGUACUAUCUAACACUUUUUGGUGUUGGCGCAAUAUUGAUGCGCAGUGCUGGCUGCGUAAUUAAUGAUCUGUUUGAUAAGGAAUUCGACAAGAAAGUUGAACGCACAAAAAUGCGACCUCUUGCGUGUGGAUCUUUGACGGAGAGGCAGGCAAUAGCUCUUUUAGGUGGAUUGCUAUCCACAUCUUUAGCUGUUCUCUUGCAGAUGAACUGGUUCAGCGUGCCGUUAUUUGAUGGUUUCAGUGUUGCAGUUGGCGCGGCUUCAAUGUUUCUAGUAGUAGGAUAUCCGCUGGCAAAGCGAUACACUUACUGGCCGCAGUUUGUUUUAGGUUAUGACAAAUGCAGUGGAAAAGCGGUUCGGAAAGCUAAAGUAGCUGGCAUCCCUAGAUCUAGAGUAGGUCCUGAGCUAACGAGGUGUUCUUAUACUAUAUAUUGUGAUUGCGGUAGUGAACUUCGCUCUUUCUCACGGAGACUCACGUUCAACUGGGGUGCACUUCUGGGUUGGUCGGCUAUUCAAGGGUCGCUCAGUUCUGCUCCGAUUGCCCUCUACCUAGCUGCCCUUCAGUGGACUCUCCUCUACGAUACUAUUUACGCACAUCAGGACAAAACAGAUGAUAUCAUGAUUGGAGUGAAAUCUACUGCAUUGCGACUUGGAGAUAAUACAAAGCCGUGGUUGUGUGGUUUUGGCACCGCGGCCGUUGCUGGGCUUGGUCUCACUGGAUACAUUGCAGAACAGACUUGGCCUUAUUACUUAGCUCUAGCAGGCACUGCAGCUCAGCUAGCAUGGCAAAUUGGUACUGUCAACAUAAACGACAGUAAAGACUGUUGGAGGAAGUUCAAAUCCAACCAAUGGUUGGGUGUAAUUCUCUUUGCCGGAAUUGUUGCUGGGACAUACCUCAAAAAAGGAGAAAAAAGAUUCAUGUGGUGA